AUGCCUUCCUUUGACCCAAGACCCUUUCCUCCCUCUUCGCUGACCGGAGUGCCUCUUGACUACAUUAUCCAGCAACUUCACAAUCUCGCUUCAAACUACUGGGACAAGCCAGACACUGCUGACUGUACCAUAAUCGUUCCUUUUCCCCAUGCUCAUGGACUGCCCGAGCUGCCCGCGCUUUCAAUGACAUCGGCCAUCGAGCCCUCCUUCUCCAUCGCCGCCUCCUACGAGCCCUCCACCCUCGGCCGCAGAGCCACCCAGCCCCCGCUAAACGCUGUUCCCCGCAUCUCCCUCCCCCUCCACAUCGACUACCUCUCCGCCCACUCCAGCUAUCUCCGCGGCCUCUUCAGCGGCGCCCUCCCUCUCGACCUCUUCUACUCCUCCGCGCCCCCCAGCUCCUCCUCCUCCGUCCCUGCAGACCGCCUCCCGCGUCUCAUGCCCUGCUCAAACGACCACCCCAUCCUCUUCCUUCCCGUCCCAGACCCCACAUCCUUCCACCUCCUCGUCCACUGGAUGUACUUUGGCGACUUCACCUACAUCCAGCAGUGCCUCCACGACGGCUCCAUCCAGUGGGAGGGCAUCGCGCGUAACGUCGAGUACCUAGGCCUCAACGCGGACAUCAAGAUCUUCCUGGGGAACUGGUACCACGCGUGGCUCAACCCCGACCGUCAGAGCGAGGCGUGUGGUGUAGGCGCGAGUGCUAGUGUCGGUGCGGGCAGUGGAUCGGGCAGCGAUGCAGGCGACGAUUCCGACACGGUCUUCAGCGAGUCAGAGUCGGACGACGACGACUACGACACCGCGGACGCCUUUCGUUCUCUUGACCCCCCUUUUUCUUUUCGUCUUCGCCUUUGGACCUUCGUACCACCGCGCCUCUCUUGA